UUUUCUUCAUUGCUGAUUGGGUCGGGAACUAUUUGCAUUGUCCGCAGUCAUGCCAUCCCUCUCGAGCCUCCUCAUCGUGCUGGGCCUGGUCCUGCUGGCCAGCUCGGCCUCCGCCGCCUCCGGGAAGAAGCCGACGGACCGAUCGCGGGAGUACGCGUGGGUAACGAGCGAGUCGUUCGCCUCGUGGCGCUCCAUCCUGCAGAACAGCUUGCUGGGCCGCGAGCAGGCCAGCACGGGCGACAGCACCUGCAGCGUCUGCAAGCUGGCUAUCGGGACGCUGAAAACCAUGCUGGCACUGCCCUUCACCUCCACCAGCACGCUGGCCGGUCUGGGCGAGAACAUCUGCAACCAGCUGCAGAUCUUCGCCACGCCCAAGGGCUGCAAGGGCGUCAUCGACGCCUACGCUGACCAGGUCUUCUACAUUCUGAAGCGGACCAAGUACUCGGCGGGACUGCUGUGCAACCUGCUGACGGGGCUGCAGUGCGAGGAGGACGAGACGGUGCUGCACUGGAACGUCCCGCUGCCCGCCGUGCCCCGCCCGCCCCUCCCCGACAUCCGCCCGCCCGCGGCCGACGCCAAGAAGCUGCGCGUCCUCCACCUCACCGACAUCCACUUCGACUUGUUCUACCAGCCGGGCAGCAACGCCCACUGCACUGAUCCGCAGUGCUGUCAGGAGGACAGCGGUGAUGUUGUGGGACGAGCGGCCGGUGAAUGGGGCGACAGCGGCAAGUGCGACGUCCCGGCACACCUGGUGGACAACAUGUUCAGCUGGAUUGCCAAGAAUGAUCAUUUCGACUACAUCCUGAUGACCGGCGACCUGCCCGACCACACCAUCUGGAAGCAGAGCCGCGCGCAGCAGCUGGCGGUGCUGGACAUGACGGUGGAGUACCUCAAGCGCCACUUCCCCAACACGCCGGUCUACCCCGUCGUCGGCAACCACGAAAGCGCUCCCUGCAACACCUUCCCGCCUCCCAAUGUCGGCGGCUCCAACACCAUCGGUUGGCUGUACGACGCCCUGGCCGACGCCUGGAAGGACUGGCUGCCGCAGGACGCCCUCAGGACCGUCACAGCGGGCGCGUACUACCGCAUCAACCCGUACCCGGGCCUGCGCAUCAUCUCGUUGAACAACAACUACUGCUACAACAUGAACUUCUUCCUCCUCAUGAACACCACCGACCCCAACGGCCAACUGGCCUGGCUCAUCAACGAACUGCAGGCCGCCGAGACCGCCGGCGACGCGGUGCACAUCAUCGGGCACCUGCCGCCCGGCAGCGGCGACUGCAUGCGCACCUGGACCGACAACUACCUCAAGAUUGUCGCCCGGUACCAAGGCACGAUCCGCGCGCAAUUCUACGGCCACGAACACAAGGAUAACGUUCAUCUUUACUUCGAUCCCGACUUCCCCAACCGCGCCACCGGCGCCGUCUAUGUGGGGCCCAGUGUGACUACCUACACCGGACAAAACCCCGGAUUCCGCGUGUAUACUAUCGACGGCGACUACGCAGGCAGUUCCUGGGCGGUUCUGGACCAUGAAACCUACAUCGCCAACAUCACGGCGGCCAACCUGCAGCCGGAAGUGGGCCCCGUGUGGUACAAGGAGUACAGCGCCAAGGAGGCCUUCGGACUGGAGCAGCUGGAGCCGCGCAACUGGAACGCCCUGCUCGACGAGUUCGAGCGCGACGACGCCAAAUUCCAGACCUUCUUCCGGUAUUACUGGAAGUCGGACGACACCUCGGUGAACGCCGGGUGUGACGCGGCUUGUCGGCACCGUAUGGUCUGCCACAUGCGGCCGCGCCACCCCACUUGCGCCUUCUAAUCCGCUCCCGCACCGUGAUAUCAGUCUGCAGACUACGGUAUUUACACGCUGGUCCUGAAUUAAACUGUGCUAGUCAAAAAAAGCUCCUUCUUGGUAUGGUGUUUUGUGGGAGCAUGUGUGUAGUUAAAGUUAAACCAGUCAGUUUGGAAUAAACCUGCUGAUGAGAGUGUGUAAAAUAUGUGCGCUUGACUGUGCAAUAUUAACGAGAAAAUUAUUAUCGAUUAUAAAAUAUCAAUAAAGGGAAUAAAGGAUGGAUAAAAUGA